AUGAUCGGAACGUCGGCCGCCGAAUUGCUCCUCAUCCGCCUCUUCAUCGCCUUCUUCCGCUACGCGCCGCUCGUCUACGCCGCCGCCCUCGUCGCCGUCAGCACUCUAUUCCAAGACUCGCCAUGGCGCUGGCGCGUGUCCGCCGCGCUGCUGGGCCUCCUCGCCGCCGAGGCCCUCUUCUACCUCGCCGUCCAGGUCCCCUAUGCCCGGCGCCUGACCCGUGCCGCCGUCCACCCGGAGCCCCUGACGUCCGAUGAGCGCCGAGCCCUCUUCGACGAGUGCAUGCGCAACGUCGACGACCCGGGGUCGUAUCUCCGCUGGUGGUUCCUCGGCGCCGAGCUCGAUGACAUUCGCCGCGACAACCUACGUGACUUUUUCCUCUGGGCCUUCUUCGACGCCGAGGCCCAUGGCGACGUCGUUGACGAUGCGCGUGCCCAGCGGGAGCUCGACGGCUACAUUGCCGUCGUCGAAGACCGUCUCGGCAAGCCGCUGCUCCCCGGCCGCGGCCCCGCCAGGUGUCUCCGCCUGACUUUCGACGACAUCAACACCACGUAUCGCGGCCUCACCUGGUAUGUGAUCGUCUUUUUCAUCGACCAGGCCACCCACAUCGCCAUGCUAUGGCACGGCUUCCGCUUUUACGCGCGAUCGCCGUCUGCCACCCUCAAGACCUUCCCGCCACGGCCACAGGAGCUCUUUGCAAGACACCGGUCUGCUGCUCCCGGCCUGGGAUACUGGUACCGCCCUCACACGCAAGACGCCGUCGCCGACAAGGAGCUGCCCGUCGUCUUCUUCCACGGCAUCGGCAUCGGCCUGUGGACCUACGUGCGCUUCGUCGCCGAGAUGCGGGGCGCAAAGACGGCGCGCGGCAUCAUAGUCCCCGAGCUCAUGUCCAUAUCCUUCCGCCUCGCCGCGCCUCCGCCCUCCAAGGCCGAGUUCCUGCGCCAGCUGACUCUGGUCCUGGCGCGGCACGGCCCCGCGUGGGACCAGUUUGCGCUCGUGUCGCACUCGUACGGCUCGGUGCUCACCACGCACGUGCUCUCGUGCCCGGAGAUGGAGGCACGCGUGCCGUCUGUGGUUCUCAUCGACCCCGUAUCCGUAAUGCUGCACCUCCCCGACGUCGCCUACAACUUCACCCGGCGGCAGCCCCGCUCGGCCAACGAGUGGCAGCUGUGGUACUUUGCCAGCACCGAUCCGGGCGUCGCGCAUUGCCUCGGCCGCCACUUCUUUUGGCGGGAGAAUAUCGUCUGGAAAAAGGACCUGCUGGGCGGCGGGCACCGCAGGGCCGCCGUGACGCUAUCGGGCAGGGACCUGAUUGUCGAUGCGGCGGCCGUGGCCGACUACCUCGAGGGAGAAGAGGAGACGGAGGACGGCGCGGCGUACAAAAAGGUCGAGGUCAUUGUCUUUCCGGACAUCGAUCACGCUCAAGUGUUUGACCGCCCGCGAGACCGGAGACGCGUCGUCGACAUUGUUGAUUCGCAUUGUAGUGUGCAGCGACGACCAGACGAGUAG